CCGCCCCUUUACGUAGACUGUGAGGUUGUCAUGGGCAACCGAGGAAGACGCUUUUCACUGUUUGAAGUAACGGUCCUACGCUCCGUUAAUUGUGACUAAACGAAGUGUAGCAAAUUGAAAAGAAGGGGAGUCAUGUCUGUGUAUUUCGAUCACCGUAUUAAGGCCCCUGAAAACAGCAAUCAUCCCUCUUAUCUGACAUGGCACUCAACUCUUCCCAUCCUGGCUGUGGCCUCAAGCAGUCCUGGUUCCGGUGGCAGCGUUGACCUUUACCUACAACAGGGUGAGUGUGUGGAGGACUGCCACGUAGAGCGAGCUCACCAGGCCACUGUGCUGCGCUGGCAUCCCUUAAAGCCAGUCCUGGCAUUGGGAUGGGAGAAUGGAGAGGUGAUGCUCCUCACACACCCAUCUGGAGAUCAGACUUUGCUAACCAGUGCACAUACAGCCAGCAUUGCACUUCUGGAAUGGAGUGGUUCUGGAAGCCGCCUGGUAACCGGAGACCAGAAUGGAGCUCUAGCAGUCUGGAAAUUAGAUGCCAGAGGGCGACUAAUAGGAAAUUCCCUAGCCAAGUAUGAUUUCAGCAAACCUUUAACAUGCUGCAUUUUCAAGCCUGCCUCUCCUGGAGAUGAUGUGGCAAUGUUGGCUCGAGCAUCAGUGAGUGGAGAUGAAUCUGCUCUGGAGAAGUUCAGCUGGAAGGGAGCGCCUCUGAAGAUGGGUCCUCAGGAGGGACUUGGAUUCUAUGUUAGUACUUCAGAUGGAAAUGUCUAUGCUAUGGAUGAACAGUGUAAACCAAGCCAACUUUUUAGGGCAGAAAGCCCCAUCAAGAAACUUCUCUACAUUGAAAACAAAGAUGCACUGGUAGUCAUCACAGACACCCUGACGUUGUCGCAGUACACAGUGUUACGUGAAGGUGGCGCACAUGAGUUUAUGAAGGUUAAGUUAAGCAGCAAAGCCGGGCAGAACGUUGACAUCGUUUGCACAGAGAACAGCCUCCUAAUUGCAGCAACAGGGGAACCAACUGUUAGAAUAUGGGACCUAGAGAGAGAUGACAACUAUGCUUUGUCUCUUAAUGAGAAUAUGGGAUUUGAGAGAGGGGAGAUAAUCAGCUGUAUUUCUUACUGUGCACCCAAAGAAAUCCUGGCGGCUGGAACCUCCCAUGGCCGCAUAGCAAUGUGGAAGAUGGUGAUGCAGCACAGCAGCAUCGGCAGCUACAGAGCAGACAUUAAAGCCCUGUGGAAAUUACAGACGCCUACGGAAGUAGAUGGGAAUGUCAUCCAGCUGCAGUGGGGCUCCAAUCAGAACCUGUUGGCUGCGAACAACUCAAAAACGGUUCUGAUCCUAUGUGAGCAUGUGAUGUCGGCCCACUUCAGUCAGCAGGUGGCAGCAGUGCAGCUUACUCCAACCCAGCUGAGCAUCACUCAGUUCACCACAGGAGUGACGCUACCUCUUCAGUCUGUAAUGCAAGUCAAAGGAGUGUGUGUUAGCAAGGACUCAGUGACCGUCUGGGACGGGAAAAAGGUCUCUGUGUAUGAGCUCUCACCCACGGGUCUGCACAUGACAGGAUCCUUUCCUUGUGACUCUCAAGUUGUUGUUGUACACGAUCAGAACAUUUACACUGUCGAAACGAACAAAGUUCAAAUUCACACCCCUCAGGGCACAGUGAAGCAGCUUUUAACUUUCUCAAAAGCAGAGGGCAACCCUGUCCUACUCAAUGUGUGCCAGUCAUACCUUGUUGUCGGUACCGACACAGCAAACAUUAGAGUUUACAACCUCUCCAGAAGAAAUGCCAAACCUCUCUGCGAUGCUAAAAAUUUGGCAGAACACAUCACCAAUUUAGGAGCCCUGAGGUCUGUCAAGUGCAAUGCCAAUGGCAGCCAAGUUAGCAUCCUAAUCUCUCAGGUAAACGGGCGACCAGAUCACAAAGUGUAUUUCUAUCACAUUGAGAUGCACACUGUGACACACUUUGACUUCUUCACUGGCAGACCUUCCUCUGGUUUCUCUCAGCGAGAUGAAAGUGAUAAGCAGAAGUUUCAAGAACAUGAAUUCAGUGGUCGCUUUCCUGUGUCUCACUUCUGGGAUGAAAGUGAACCUCGUCUCUUUGUUUGUGAGACCGCGCCAGUUGGUUCUGAAAAAUCCGCACACGGUCAUUCAGAUUUGGAGAACUUGUCGGUGGUGACGCUCUUCUGUACACAGGAGCAUGGGAUCAUGCUGCUGGACUGCUUCUCCGAACCUUCAGGCGUUCAAGCCCUCCUCGCCCUCGAUGUGCCGUACUAUUACUUUAGCUGCAAGCCUGGUGAGGGGAUCACCGAGGCUUCGUUACCCUCAGUUCAGAGUGAGCCAAAAGCAGGGGCCCCUACUCCAUCCCCUCAAAUGGUGUCCAGACGACCUCUAAGAGACUUUGUGGGCCUGGAGAAUUGUGAGAAGCGCACCCAUGAUGCCAUGCUGAACUUCAGCUUCUACCUGACGGUGGGGGACAUGGAUGAAGCCUUCAAGUCGAUCAAGCUCAUCAAAAGUAAAGCGGUGUGGGAAAACAUGGCACGGAUGUGUGUGAAGACUCACCGGCUUGACGUUGCCCGAGUGUGCCUUGGGAAUAUGGGAAAUGCCAGGGCAGCAAAAGCCGUGAAGGAUGCCGAGGCCGAGCCUGAACCAGAAGCCCAGGUGGCCAUGUUGGCCAUUCAGCUUGGCAUGCUGGAAGAUGCGGAAAAGCUUUACAAGAGCUGUCAACGCUUUGACCUGCUGAACGCCUUCUACCAGGCUUCCAACAAAUGGAAUCAAGCUUUGGAGACGGCCGAGACGCAUGAUCGCAUCAAUAUGCACACCACCUUCUACGAAUAUGCCAAAUACCUGGAGUUCAGGGGCAAGAAGGAUUUGGCUCUUGAUUUCUAUGAGAAAUCAGACACACACCGAGCCGAAGUGCCCAGAAUGCUCCAGGAGGACCCGGCGUCUCUGGAGAUUUAUGUUAACAAAGCCAAAGAUAAGAAAAUCUAUAAGUGGUGGGCCCAGUACCUGGAGAGCCAAUCAGACAUGGAGAGAGCGCUGCAGUACUAUGAGCAUGCUGAGGACUACCUGUCCCUGGUUCGAGUUCACUGCUACAUGGGGAACAUUCAGGAGGCCUCCCAGAUAGCCAACAGCACAGGUGACAGAGCAGCAUCGUACCACCUGGCAAGGCACUACGAGAGUCACGAUGAUAUUAUGCAAGCAGUCCACUUCUACACCCAAGCCCAGGCCUACAACAAUGCUAUACGACUUUGUAAGGAAAACAACCUAGAUUUCCAGCUGAUGAAUCUGGCUCUACUUAGUAACCCAGAGGACAUGAUGGAGGCUGCAUGUUACUAUGAGGAGAAGGGCAAACACAUGGAUCGAGCAGUCACACUCUACCACAAGGCUGGUUACGUCUCCAGAGCUUUAGAGUUGGCAAUCGCCACUGAGCAGUUUGAUGCCCUUCAGCUCAUCGCAGAGGAGCUGAACGAAAACUCUGACCCUGCUCUCUUCUCUCGCUGCUCUGAAUUUUUCAUCCAACAUUCCCAGUAUGACAAGGCGGUGCAGAUGCUGGCGGCAAGCAGGAAGUACUCUCAAGCCGUGGAGCUGUGUUUGAGCCAGAACCUGAAUAUCACAGAGGACCUCCUGGAGAGAAUACAUCUCACUGAAUCAAAGGAUCUGUCUAAAGAGGCCUGCAAUAAACUGCUGGAGAAGAUAGGGGACUGCUGCAUGAGUCAGGGCAGCUACCACCUGGCAUCCAAGUUGUACACACAAGCAGGCAACAAACACAGGGCCAUGAAGGCACUCCUGAAAUCGGGCGACAGAGAAAAAAUAGCCUUCUAUGCCAACCUCUCCCGAAAGAAAGAGCUUUUCAUAAUGGCUGCCAACUAUUUCCAGUCCCUGGACUGGCAGAAGAACCCGGAAAACCUGAAGUAUAUUAUUGAAUUCUACACUAAGGGCGAUGCUCCGCACCUGCUUGGUGGCUUCUAUGAAGCUUGUGCUCAGGUGGAAAUAUAUGAUUACCGAAACUAUGAAAAGGCUCUGGAUGCUUUAGCCGAUGCUAUCAAGUGUCUGUCCAAAGCAAAGCAACUUCCAAGAGGACAGCAGGAACAGAGGUUAGCUGAACUGCAGCAAAAGAUCAACCUCAUCAAGAAGUUUGUCCACAUACGGAGGUUAUAUCCCGAGGAUCCAGCUGAGGCAGUGAAGUUAUGCGAAGCCUUGCUGGAGGAUCCAGAGAUAGACCCACCUGUCAGGAUUGGAGAUGCAUUCAGUUUCUUGAUUGACCAUUACUGCCAGCAAGGCCACUUUCAAAUGGCCUACAAGAAGUUAGAGGAGCUCCAAAAGUUGCUGCCAUCCCAGAGCAUCAGAUGUUACAUCAGCCAGGACAGCCUAAACGCCUUGCAGAAGGAGAUGGGUGUUCACUUAGACAGUGACGAAUAUAAACAUGUACUGGAGGGAAACGACGACGAGGUGGAGGAGGAUCUUACUGUUUAAUAUUUCUCUAUUUAUCUGAACCAGAUGUGUGCAGCAGGCUUUUUAUUUCUAUAGUAGCCUAAAACACAGAAGCUGGUUGCAUAUAAAAGCAAACAAAACGGAGAAAACCAAAUAUUUAACAACGUUUCAAGGUUAUCCAAAUUAAGUGAAAGAAGGGGAAUGGCUUUAAUAAUAAAAACAAACUACCUGAAAAAUAUUUUUACCUCUUAAUGCAAAUUUGUUCCAAAAGGACAAAAUUUAACCUUUAUAUUUUCAUACAGAUGGAAGAAAAACUGUAUUACUGUUGAUUAAGCCUGAAAACUUGGUUUUAGAUAAAUUGAGUUUAAACUAAAUCUUUCUCUUAAUGUCAUGAUUUAUGUUUAGAUUUGUUUCUGUUGUUUUCAUGUAUUUUGUACAAAGUAUUUAAGCUCUUGAUGGGAGCAUGUUCUCCAUGUUAAAAGCUUAUUUUGGAGUAAUGUACAGCUAUUUCUGAUAAAGCGAGUUCUAGUAUCUUUCUUGCUUGGUUAU